AUGGAAUAUUUAAACAAAAUAUACAUGACAGCGCUUGGCAAAAAAAGAGAGGUAACUAUUGAUGUUGAUGAAGACAUGUCUGAUGAAAACAUUAUGAAUAGAAUAAAACAGAAAAAUUGUUGUAAAAAAUGGAGUACUAGUAUGUAUAAUAAGAAUAUAUUAAUUAAUUAUAGAAAGGAUGUAGAUAAAGACUCUUUUUUUAUAAUAUUUGAAAAGGCUUGGAAAUUAUUUUUCCAUGAUGAUACAAAAGGAAAAAAAUUACUGUUGCAUGAAGAAAAUGAUAACAAUAUUUAUUCAUUACCAAAUUUUUUAAUUAUAGAUAAUUUAUCAAAUUAUAAUUCUAUAGGUAAAGAAAAUAUUAGAAGUAUGAAUAAUGAUCAGUGUGAUAAUGAAGAUAAUAUGAUUAUAAAUGAUGAUAAUACAAAAUAUAUAUUAGAAGAUAUGGAUGGUAAAAAAAUAGCAUCGAAUAAAACGUUCCCCUUAAAUAAAAAAUUUAUUGAUAUAUAUCAUAAACAUGAUGAUACAUAUUGUAGUUACGAUAAAGAAAUUGAGGACUUCUUAAUAUUACCAGAUAUAAUUAUUACAAACAAUGAAACCAUUAAUGUAUAUCAUGAAAUCAGCGAUGAUGAUCAAUCUUUAAACGUUAAUGACAAUCAUGUGAAAAAUGAAGAGAAUGAAAAUAAUGUGGACAUAACAUAUGAUAAAAACGGAAAAUACGAUGAAAAUGGAAAAUACGAUGAAAAUGGAAAAUACGAUGAAAAUGAAACAUACAAUAUAAAUGAAACAUACAAUAUAAAUGGAACAUACAAUAUAAAUGGAACAUACGAUGAAAAUGUUACAAAUAUUGAUAAUAUUAUACAAAAUGUUCAUAUUACAGAUAAUAUAAAUAACCAAAACGUUACAACAAAUUCAUCAAAUAUUUAUAUCCUUAAUGAUGUAAAAUGA